CCGGAAAUAACGAUAUCGUGCUGAUCCUGAUACGUUCGCUUUCUCGUAGCGCAGUUUUUAUAUAAUCAUUAAGUGACAUUCUUCAAUGUUUUGAUAACAAAUAGACUGAAUGUAUAGCGGACUUCUGCCCAAAGGAUUCACUGAAUCCGAUCUCAGCUCAGAUGCCGAGGAGGUUGGACAGUGUGAGGAGGAGCAAGGGAAUAAAUCGAAUAGUUGUACUGAAAAUGUGAGGGGCAUAGCAGGACAGAGUACUCUGACAGCGGUUGAAGUAGACUCAUCUCAAACUCCUGCUGAUCCACAGCAGGACAAAGAACCCCCGACAGACAUUCUACCUGGGAUUUCCCAGGAAAUGUGGCAAAAAUUCAAAGAGCUACAGAAGAAGAAAGAUGAACUCCAAACGUGUCAGAAGGUGCCCAGAAGAAGACGCAAAAGAAAACACAAGAAAGGAACAAGCAAUGAAGUCACAACAAAAGAGGGGGAGCAUCGAGGAGGCUUGGGGAAGCAGUGGGACGGGCUUCAGCAGUACUUUGGUGUAAACGAUAGGUUCCAGCCCCCUGCGUCCAGCACUGCUGACCUUCAGUCCGGCCUAGAGAAGAGGAUGGAGCUAGCCAUCGCUGAAGGGGACUUCGCGGGAGCGGAGGAGAUGAGCGACAGCCUCGCCACUCGAGAGUUGGCCGUGAAAAUCACGCAAGCCGCCGAUUGUCGAGACUACGUGCAACACAAGCAGGAGGAGGAGGCCUCGCGCGCGGCCCAGAAGCGGAAGGCGGUCGCCUGGGGGUUCGAGGCCAAGAAGAGAUGGGAAACCAAGAGCAACAUGGGUUACAUGUAACCCACCCCGAGCUGACCACAAGCCCAGAUCCUACGGUACCCCCAGACCGCGCUGCCUCCAGAAUAUGUUUUACAUGUCGGUAUAAUGGCUAGCAGAUGAGGCGUCUUUGUCACCCUGGUUUGGAUUUUGCCAAUGGACUCCGGCAAACCGUCAAGGGGUGAAAGUUGCCCGAUUAGCGGCAAAAAUGUCCAUCAAAAGCGUUUUGGGGGGAAAGAAAUGUACUGAGCAUUUAAAUUAACUCCUCGGGGCCCUCUUUGGUGACAGCGGUGUGUGUGUGUGUGUGUGUGUGUGUGUGUGUGGGUGUGUGUGUGUGUGCGUGUGCGUGUGCGCGCGCGCGCGAUUUCUAUUUCAUUUGGUUUCUCGUGAUUCAAGUAUUCCGGCUUUUCCCUUUUUUCCCGCCUUGAAUUAAAUCUGGUGUACAUUACCGCAUGAUGCGUUUAUUUAUUGCUGUAAAGUGGGUUAAUCAUGAAGGCGCUCCUCCUUUAUACGGAGGAAGAGAAAGGCAAGAUUAGGGCCCUAAUGCAAUGUACAGAAUAAUGUGCGAGAGGAUUUGUGAGCACAAAAUGAAAUUUGGCCGCUCUAAACUGUUGUGAGCGGUCGUAAACUGAAACUUGAGUGAAUCGUGGAGGAGGGGGGGAAACACACGAGACAUGAAUCACAGGCUUUGCUUUUGGCCGCCGCCCAUGCUGCGAGGGAAGCCAUUGUUUCUUAGUCCAAACAUGAGUUUAUCCGAGCCUACGCAAGCCACUCACCACGCAUGCCACCAGUCCCCGCGUCAUGUAGACGCUAGGAUGGUGCGCCGUGAUGCACUUUGAUCAGGUUUUUUUAUUAUUUAUUAUUUUUGUACGAGACACUUGCCUCUCCCGAACCCCCUAUACUUGUGAAAUGUGUGUGUGUGUGUGUGUGUGUGUGUGUGUGUGUGUUUCCUCUUAUUCAGAUUCCAGGACAUGUUAACAUAAUUGCAAACGGAGCGCCAAAAAUGCAAGAAUGAUAAUUACUUUUAUUCAAAGCAACGUAAUUUCACUCAGCCAUGGAAAAUGAUUGCUUUGCUUCAAGGUAAUGAGAAUUAAAAUGAUUCCAACUAAGUUGUUUGCAUUGCACAUAUUUGGACACUUAGUUGCCGUGUGUGUGUGUGUGUGUGUGUGUGUGUGUGUGUGUGUGUGUGUGUGUGUGUGUGCGUGUGCGUGUGUGUGUGCUGAAUCUGUAUUAUCAAUUAUCUUUGCAUUAGGUCAGCAGAAAUACUAGUGUUACAUUUGUAAUGCAAAACACCUCAGAGGAAUGUUGGCAGCCCACCAGUAUAAAGUUUUAUUACACAUUGGCCUAAAAUAUUAAAGCUUUUGGAUAAUCACUUCCCCUGGACCCUGUGCCUGAGAAGCUGUUAGUUGUCGAGAAUUGGUGCUAAUUAAACUAUUAAUUAUUUCUGUAAUGAGAGGAGAGUUAAAACUGUAUUAAGCACAUCAAAGUACAACAUGGGAUUUCUGCACUUUGAUGCCUGCAAUGAAAAAUAUGCCUCGCUUCAGAAGUUGGGAACUAUCGUAGAUGCUGAAAUAUUUCAUUAAAACAACAAAAGAAAAGUAGCUUUCACCCGGUUUGCAGCGUGUGUGUUUGUUUGCUGUUCUCUUGAUAACUCAUAACAUCAAUGGCAUGUUUUCAAUAAUAAGCCUGUGCCAUUUAUAGCAUGAAGGCCUCUUUCUCAAUUCCAGCUGAACAAAAAUCCUACGAGAUUUCUUUAUACUUUUUAGUAAGUCAACUCUUGUCGAUAGAGUAACACAUCUGACCUCUAAUCCGAGUGCUGUCGUGGAAUCUGAGGACUUACAACAACACAUAACGCCAUAAGCACAUACAAAUAUGUGCACAACAAAUGCCACACUUACAAGCCGUCGGGCGUCGGGAACACAAGUUAAACAUCGAACAUGACCACGGUCGAGCCAGGAGCGACGCGGUGUCGCGGUAUCAAUACCAUCUCACUUUAUUAAUCUCUUUGAACACAGGAUAAUGCCUUAAGCGGAGAUGAGGCUGUUUUUAAGCUGGAAAAUUCACUUUCUUCUGCUCGUGUGAAGGAGCUGCAGUUGAAAGCCUUGCGUACUGCAGGCCAGUCUUAACCCUCCUGACCCCGGGGCUGGGUUUGUUCUGAAAGGCACGGAGUGAGAUUCCUAUAGGGCAGAUGUUGAUUCAUCCUCAGGACCAAAACUAGGAGGCUGCUUUUCCAUGCAGUGGGAAUAACAACAACAAUCCUAUUAGCUCGUUGAAAGGCGCGCCGUGUGGAUGUAGAGGAACACAUGUUGUUGAUAGCCAAGACAUCCUUGUUGGUAUCGCCUACUGUUAUCGCCAUCUUGAGCAGGAUUAAACCAAAUGCCAGUGCGCCUUCUUAAACAAAGAGGGUAAAGAUUAAAGGAUAACAGUAUGCAAGAAUGUAUCCCAUAAUGUACACGAGGAGAAUCGUUUCCAUGUCGGUUGUCCUUUUUUAAUGAACAA